AUGAGGGCUGUGCUCUGGGACCUCCUGCUACUCUGCUUGUUCGCCCACGUGCUUGGCGACUGCCAGCACGACUGCCUCAACUGCGACCAGCAUGUGUACAGCCAGUGGGACGGCUUCAAUGUGCUCGUCUGCGUCCUGGAGUGCGAGGGCAAGGCCGUGCCGCGCGCCACCUGGGAGCUCUGCGCCGCCGCCUCCGCCGGCCCGCGGGAGGAGGACGAGGAGGACGCCGCCGGCGACGCCGCCGAUGUCACCCUGGCCCGGCCCUUCGAGGCGGAGGCCGCGGGGCCGCGGGGCGCCGGUCCGCGGCCCGCAAUGGCAGCGGCGGCGGCGAGGCGGGCGGCGCAGGUAAGCGCGCUGCUGCUGCGGCAGCGGGCGGCCGAAGACGGCGGCAGCGAGGCGCCGCCGGAGCAGGCGGCCGACGCGGCAGCCCAGCGGCCGGGGGCCCGUCCGCCGGCGGAGCCGAGGCGGCGGGCGACGCCGGCGGCGGCCCGGGGGGUGCAGAAGCGGUACGGGGGCUUCAUCGGGGUGCGGAAGUCGGCGCGCAAGUGGAACAACCAGAAGCGCUUUAGCGAGUUCCUCAAGCAGUACCUGGGCAUGUCGCCCCGCUCCAGUGAGUACGACAUAGCCGCCGACCUGAACGAGCACAACGAGAUCUAG